GGACAGGAACAGGGGCGGACUGACCAUUUGGAAACUCGGGCACUGCCCAACGGCCCGGGGUCAGUAGGGGGCCCCAUGAGAUGCCCCUGGCACCUUUUUCAUAGGCUUUUUUUAGUUUGGGUAAGGACACAGGGGCCCCAUGAUCCCCUAUUGCCCGGGGGACCCCAUGAGUUGUCAGUCGGCACCUGGACAGGAACACCCAAUGUUCCCUGAUCGACUGGAACAGAGUUGGGAAUUAUGUCAGGGGCCCGGGGUCAGUAGGGGCCCCAUGAGAUGCCCCUGGUACCUUUUUCAUAGGCUUUUUUGAGUUUGGGCAAGGACACAGGGGCUCCAUGAUCCCCUAUUGGCCGGGGGCCCCAU